AUGAUGCUGAUGAUGCGCCCGCGAUGGUGGAUUUCCCUUUUGUGCGUCUGUGGAUUGAUGCACGUCGGUCAUCAGAGCAGCCCUAAUGCCCAAAAAGGAGACGCCUUGUCGAGCUUGAAGGCUCUUCGUGAUGCAGCCAGGUUUGUCGGGAAGGAGGACACGGUGCCUCUCCGCCUGCUCUACAGUCGGCACAACCACAGCCAGAUCACAGAGGAUGAGCUCAGCACCAGAGUCAAAGCCAGCUCGGGCUCCACACAGGUGAACCAUGUGGCCCAAGCAAGCUUUCAAGUCGACGCUUUUGGCAAGAAAUUCCUCUUGGAUGUGGAACUGAACCAUGAUCUGCUGUCAUCAGGGUACGUGGAGAGGCAUUUGUCAGAGAAAGGGAAGACUGUCGUCACCAGCGGAGGAGAGCACUGCUACUAUCAGGGGAAGGUCAGAGACAUCCCUCACUCCUUUGUGGCUGUCUCAACCUGCCACGGAUUGUAUGGGAUGUUUUUUGAUGGCAAUCACACCUACAUGAUUGAACCUGGAGGACAGGGCAACAGCAAUGGAGAUGUCCGCAUUCACAUGAUAUAUAAAUCUGCAAGGCAUGAUGGAUUUAAUGAUCUCCUCAAUGGUGAUUUUCCAGAGCCUCCUUUUCCCAGUCCUCCAUUUCCCGGGUCAAGAGUUGUUCACAGGAGAAAAAAGAGACAGGCUCCACAUGUGUCACACAAUGAGACCAAAUACAUUGAGUUGAUGGUGAUCAAUGACCAUUUAAUGUACAAGAAGCAUCGGCUUUCCGUUGGACACACAAAUAACUAUGCGAAGUCAGUGGUCAAUAUGGCUGACAUGAUUUUCAAGGAGCAGCUUAAUACCCGGAUUGUGCUGGUUGCCAUGGAGACAUGGUCAGCUGACAACAAGUUCAAUAUUGAUGACGACCCCAUGGUGACGCUGAGGGAGUUCAUGAAGUAUCGAAAAGACUUCAUCAAGGAGAAAUGCGAUUCUGUUCACCUCUUCUCAGGGAAUCGUUUCCAUAGCAGCUGGGGAGGAGCUUCCUAUAUGGGAGGAGUUUGCUCCCUGACUAAAGGGGGAGGAGUCAAUGAGUACGGGAAAACAGAUGAGAUGGCCAUAACCCUCGCUCAGUCUCUCGGACAGAACAUUGGCAUCUUCUCUGACAAGAAGAGGAUCCUCAAUGGCGAGUGCAAGUGUGAAGAUCGUUGGUCGGGCUGUAUCAUGGAUGAUGUUGGUUUCUACCUGCCCAAGAGGUUCUCCGACUGCAACGUGGAGGAGUUCCACAACUUUCUAAACAGCGGUGGAGGAGCCUGUUUGUUCAACAAACCUCAAAAGCUUUUGGACCCUCCGGUGUGUGGAAAUGGCUUCAUGGAGCCAGGAGAGGAGUGUGACUGUGGCAGCCCAGCGGAGUGUGCCAGAGAGGGGGAGGCCUGCUGCAGCCAGUGCACCCUGACCCAAGGCUCCAAGUGCAGCAACGGACUCUGCUGCAACACAUGCCAGAUGGAGUUCAUGGGAGUCGUGUGCAGAGAUUCAGUGAACGACUGCGACAUCCCUGAAAACUGCACAGGCAAUUCCAGCCAGUGUCCAACAAAUGUGCACAAGAUGGAUGGCUAUACUUGUGAAAAGGACCAGGGCCGCUGCUUCAAUGGAAGGUGCAAAACCAAAGACAGACAGUGCAAGUACAUUUGGGGAGAGAAGGCAACAGCGGCUGACAAGUUCUGUUAUGAGAAAUUAAAUAUUGAAGGUACAGAGAAAGGCAACUGUGGGAAGGACAAGGACACCUGGACCCAGUGUAACAAACAGGAUGUUCAUUGCGGGUACCUGCUCUGCUCCAACAUCUCACCUGCCCCGCGACUGGGAGAGCUGCAUGGAGGGCUGACCUCUUUCUCAGUAGCCCGGCACAGUGCUUCUCUGGACUGCAGCGGUGCUCACGUGCUGAUCGAUGGAGACACUGACCUGGGAUACGUCGAGGAUGGGACCGCCUGCGGGUCCGACAGCAUUUGUUUUAAUCACAAAUGUCUCCCCAUCCAAACGUUCAACUUCAGCACCUGUCCCGGGACCACUGACAAGACCAUCUGUUCUGGACACGGGGUGUGCAGUAGUGAGCUGAAGUGUGUGUGUUACCUGGGAUGGGCAGGAGAAGACUGUAACUCCACGUCUCCCCUCAGUUAUCUUGUGGUCGGACCCACUGCUUCAGUCUCAGGGAUCAGCAGUACCAACAUCAUCAUCGGGGCCAUCACAGGCUCCAUCCUCGUCCUCGCCCUUGUACUCGCGGUUACAGCCUGGUGUUACAAGAGCUACAAGCAGAGAUGCUAUGUUGAGUCUGAAGUUCAUCGAAGAUUCUGCCGGCAAAUGCCCCCAGGUGACUAUGUAACGAAGCCUGGGGACGCAGAUUCCUUUUACAGUGACAUGCCUCCAGGUGUCAGUACAAACUCUGGCUGCAGCUCCAAGAAGAGGUCAGCCUGCCUGUCGCAUCUACAGAUUUGCACCCUGUCCUUCACCCCCUCCUUCGCAUCCAUUUCUCAGAACAUCUCACUGUUUGGCUUCAGAUCUAAUGGACUUUCCCACUCGUGGAGCGAGAGAAUCCCAGACGCCAAACAAAUCUCUGACAUCUGUGAAAAUGGGCGACCAAGGAGCAACUCAUGGCAAGGAAAUCUGAGCGGUAAUCGUAAGAAACUGAAAGGAAAGAAGUUCCGUGCUCGCUCAAACUCCACAGAGACGCUAUCCCCUGCCAAGUCUCCCACUUCCUCCACAGGAUCUAUUGCAUCCAGCAGGAGAUACCCGUACCCCAUGCCCCCUCUCCCCGAUGACCAGAGGAAAGCCAACAGGCAGAGCGCCAGGCUGUGGGAGACUUCAAUAUAA